AUGUCGGCUAAAGGGCUUAUGAAAGACAGGCUUAGCACCCAGCCAUUAAAACCUUUGGUUCAAGACUGUCUAGGACCGAAGGCACUCGCUAAAAAAGCCGUCUUCACAAGAGUGACAUUUGAUAAAUUCUCAAGUUCGAACAUGGAGAAGGUAAUACAAAGGAUGGUCAAGAUGGAGCUUAAUGUCGGUGUCACCAUCCCAAGUCCGAAAGCCUCGGGAUUGGAGAAGAGGAAAAUUGUGAAUGAGCCGAAGCUUUCCACUAGGGGGGCAAUAAAGAGACUUACCAGGACUCAAAAGAGGCGAGCUCAAAGAAGAAAGUUGGAGGCUCGUAUGGAGGAGGAAAGGUCACAUGUGCCAUCUCCGAAAGAAAAACAGAUGGAAGAGUUGUCUCCAAAAAAGAAGCAGGCUAUGGAGCCGCUUCCAGAAAGAAAGCAGGCUGCAGAGCUGCUAAAGAAGCAGGUUGUGGAGCCGCUUCCAGAAAGUAAGCAAGCCAUGGAGCCGCCAAUGAAGCAGGUUGCGGAGCCGCUUUCAGAGAGAAAGAAGGUUGUGAAGCCGCUUCAAGAAAUGAAGCAGGUUGUGGAGCCGCUAAGAAAGCAGGCUGCAAAGCCGCUAAGGAAGCAGGUUGUGGAGCAGCUUUCAGAAAGAAAGCAGGCCAUGAAGCCUCCGAGGAAGCAGGCUGUGGAGCCGUCUUCAGAAAAGAAGCAGGCUGUGGAGCCGCCUUCAGAAAAGAAACAGGCUGUAGAGCCGCUUUCAGAAAGAAAGUAG